AUGUUUAGCUCUACUUUCUUUUUAUUGGUCAUUGCAAAUGUUCGGUCAGAUAUUAUCUUCACGGAAUGCCAAGCUUACUUCCUCCAGAACCAACCGGGAAAUGAAAACAUAAAUUUCUCGACAGACGACAUUCCAUGCUCUCAACAAGCUCGGGGAGCGACUGUAUACGACAGAUGGACUAAUUACCUAGAGGACGGAUUUUACGUCGUCCCGUAUUUCUUCGAAGAUGAUUAUGAAAACCAUGUCUAUUCAAUUUACAACUCGACUGAGUCGGUGGCAAAUAUGGAGGAACUUCUUGGUCUUUUCGAGCAACAUACUUGCGUGAAGUUUAAAAAAUUGACGACUGAGGAAGAAAAGGCAUUGUAUGAUUACAAGCUUGAAAUUAUCUGGAAUGGAGUGACUGCUGCUGCGUCGUAUGUCGGUCGUUUGUCUUCAUAUUAUCAACCUCAGCCGCUUUGGAUGCGCCCCGACGCCUGGAGCUGGAACGGAAACACAACGAUGCAGCACGAAGCCAUGCACGCUCUUGGAUUUCUUCACGAGCAUCAACGAAUCGAUCGAGACAACCACAUCGAAAUUCAUCCAGACUACGCCAGCAGUAGUAACUACGCACCAAUGGCGACUGAGGACUGGUUGAAUAUGAGUUCACCAUACGAUACCAAUAGCAUCCUUCACUACUACGCGUAUUCGCUUGGAGAUGGAACCUACUCUUUAUCUAUUCCUGGAAUUAUGCUUUCAAUUCUUGUUAUUUCCUUUCUUUUGGGAAAAACUCGUUCGGAUAUUAUUUUUACGGAAUGCCAAGCUGAGUACUAUCGAAGUUUACCCGGGAACGAAAAUGUAAGUUUUACGACCAACAAUAUUCCAUGCGCUCCAUCUGCUCGAGGAGCGACCAAUCUACAGCUUUGGACAAAUGUUCUUGAAAAUGGAUUUUUCAUCGUUCCGUAUUUUUUCGAUGAUGGUUAUGAAAAUCAUAUUUACGAGGACUGGGACGCAUCUGAAUCACUGACGAAAAUGGAGGAGCUUCUUGACCUUUUCGAGCAAUAUACUUGCGUGAAAUUUAAGAAAUUGGAAACUGAAGAGGAGAAAAACAUGUAUGAUUACAAGAUCAAAAUAAUUUGGGACUCAACUGUUGAGUCUCCUGGAAGGGCUCAGUUAGGUCAAUAUCCUUUGUCGGAACAGCCACAGUGGAUCUCGAUGCGUCCUGACGCAUGGAGCAAUAAUGGCAAUACAACGAUGCAACACGAAGCAAUGCACGCUCUUGGAUUUUUUCAUGAGCAUCAGCGACUCGAUCGUGAUAACUAUGUUGAAAUCCAUCCUGACUACGCGAAUAAUGAUAAUUACGUCAAAAUGUCUUCAGAUGAAUGGAAUGACUUGAGCUCCCCCUAUGACUUCAAUAGUAUAAUGCACUACUCUUCAAAGUCGACGGAUGAUGGCAGAUGGUCCUUGUCGAUUCCAGGCAGUAAUUAUCAAAUUCCUGUUCCCGGCAAUAGAACUUAUCCCUUCUCGGAGCAAGAUAUCGCUCAGAUAAACAGGUUCUACAUCGUUCCGUAUUUCUUUGAAGAUGGAUAUGAAAAUCAUGUUUAUGAGGAUUGGGAUGCCGCCGAGUCGAUGGUUAAAAUGGAGGAGAGGCUUAAUUAUUUCGAAGAAUACACAUGUGUGAAAUUCAGAAGGUUACAUACUGAAGAGGAAAAAGAUCUGUAUGAUUACAAGAUUGAAAUUUUAUGGGAUGGUAUCACUCACGGAGCAUCUAGAUUAGGUCGUACUUCCCUAUCAGAUCAACCUCAGCCCCUUUGGAUGCGUCCAGAUAAAUGGGCAAAACGUGACCAUACCACGAUGCAACACGAAGCAAUGCACGCUCUUGGCUUCUUUCAUGAGCAUUCGAGGCCUGAUCGCGACGAAUAUGUUGAAGUUCAUCCAGACGACGCCAAUGAUAGUAAUUUCAUGAAAAGGCCAAUCGAUGAGUGGAAUGAUCUUAACUCUCCAUUGCCAAUCUUAGAUUGGGAUGCCGCCGAAUCGAUGGUAAAAAUCGAAGAGAGGCUUGAUAUUUUUGAAGAAUACACAUGCAUAAAAUUCAGAAGGUUACAGACUGAAGAUGAGAAGGAUUUGUAUGAUAACAAGAUUGAAAUUUUAUGGGAUGGAAUCACUCAUGCAGCAUCCUACGUUGGUCGACUGUCCCUAUCAUAUCAGCUUCAGUCGAUGUGGCUGCGUCCAGAUUUGUGGUCAAAUAAUGGUGGAACGGUGCGACACGAAGCAAUGCAUGCUCUUGGCUUUUGGCAUGAGCAUCAGCGGCCUGAUCGCGACGAAUACGUUGAAGUUCACCCAGACGACGCCAAUAACGAUGCUUAUAUGAAACUACCAAUGGAUGACUGGAAUGAUCUCAAUUCUCCCUACGAUUUUCAAAGCCGCAUGCAUUACAGCCCGACUGAUCGAGGGAAUGGCGAGUGGUCUUUGUCAGUUCCCGGCAGUCAGAUUUCGUUUUCAAGGCAGCCCCAAACAUUAUGGAUGCGACCUGACGCUUGGAAUAUGAAUGGCCAGACAACGACGCAGCACGAAGCAAUGCACGCUCUUGGAUUUUUUCAUGAACAUGCGCGGCCUGAUCGCGAUUCUUAUGUCGAAGUUCAUCCAGAUGACGCUGGCGACAGUAACUACGCGAUGAAGUCCGCUGAUGAUUGGUGGAAUAUGAAUUCGCCAUACGAUUUUAACAGUAUCAUGCAUUACAUUCCGAGUUCGAGAGAUGAUCAGUUAUUCGCUCUUUCUUCCGAGGAAAGAGGUCUUCGCCAGAACUUCCGAAAUUUCUUCGAAACCGAACUCGCUCCUCACGCUUAUGACAUCGACAAAAACGACCAUUUUCCUCAACUCAAAGACUACAUCAAGAAAUGUGGAGAUAUGGGUAUUCUAGGGCUGACUGUCCAUGAAGAAUACGGUGGAACGAAUCUUGGAUACUUUUCCAUGGCUUUGGCUGCGGAAGAAAAUGCUCGAGUAAACGCUGGAAUCGCAAUGACAACUGGCGCUUGCAGCAAUUUAUUCAUCAAUCAAAUUGUUCGAAACGGAAACGAUGCUCAAAAGUCCGCCUUUUUGCCUGAUCACGUGGCUGGCAAUCUUAUUGGAGGACUUGCCAUGACCGAGCCGAAUGCAGGGAGCGAUGUGAUGUCGAUGAAAACGAAUGCCGUGAAGAAGGGAGAUUAUUACGUCAUCAAUGGGAAUAAAUUUUGGAUCACGAAUGGACCGGUAGCGGAUCAUAUCAUAUUGUAUGCAAAAACCGAUCUUUCAAGCAAUGAUGGAAAAUCAAUCACCGCUUUCAUCGUCGAUACAAAAACUGAAGGCUUCAGUGCUCAAACGAUUCCGGGAAAGCUCGGGAUGCGAGGAUCCCCCACUGGCGACCUGACUUUUGAAAACAUGAAAGUUCACGAAAGCAUGGUUCUCAGAGGAGAAGGUCAGGGAGCAGCAGUGUUGAUGUCUGGACUGAAUAUUGAGCGAAUUCUCGCGGCGGCUAUUCCCAUCGGUAUUGCUCAAGCCGCGGUGGACUGUUCCUUCGAAUACGCUCAUGAACGAAAGCAGUUCAACCAGCGAGUCGGCGAGUUUCAACUCAUCCAAGGCAAGAUGGCCGACAUGUACACCUCCCUCUCUGCCUGUAGGUCAUACAUGUAUAACAUCGCCCGACAUGCAGAAAAAUUCGAGCCGACGAAUCACGACUGCGCUGGGCUGGUUCUGUACUGUGCUGAGAAAGCAACUCAAAUUUGUCUCGACGCGAUUCAGAUUUUGGGCGGAAAUGGCUACAUCAAUGACUACCCAACAGGAAGAUAUUUGCGCGAUGCGAAAUUGUGGGAAAUUGGAGCUGGAACAAGUGAAGUUCGAAGACUCAUUGUCGGCAGAUAUUUCAAUUCUCUGUACAAAUAA